AUGACACGACCAUCCAUUGUCCGCGCCGACACGAUAGAUCUUCAAGAUCACCACGCUCCAUCCGCUCAAGACCACUCCAAGAGCCCUCGUUUGGCUGGUGCUGCCAACUCCUUAGGUCCCCACCAAGCUGAGACCAUUCGUGAGGUCACACACGACACAGCAGACGAACAGCGCCGUUCUCCUCGAGUAUCUCUAGACAAUCGCAACAGCCUCGACGAAAUCGAUUCCUUCGCAGACGAGCUUGUCGCAAACCCAUCAGGUGCAAACUCUCGCGCCCAAGGCACUCGCGACAACAACGAUAGCACCAUGAAUCAGGAGGAUGCAUUGGCCGCUUCGCAGAACGGAGGUAUCUCGUCCUCGGACGAGGGCGAGCUUGAUGGCGACGAUGACCUCGAUGACGACAUGAUGGAUAAGAUAUCAAGUUCGCCUUCAAUUGAAGAUGGUGGGUGCUACCCUGUCACUGCCCCAAUGGCAUGGCCACGGCGUGUCUCUUCUCUACCCACCUCGCAAAGGAGUAGUUCUCCAAGCAUUUCUGGUUCAAGCGUCACCAGAGUUUGCUCGCCAUAUCCCGAACCUCUCAAAUUCACACCCAGCCCAAGUGCAAUUGCACAGCUCCCACGAGCACUGCCCGCGACAAUCCGGAACCAUCGUCUUCAAGGUGAGUAUGCCGACAACGACAACAACGAGGCCGUACACGAUGCCGACGAGAGCUGGGCCACCUUCAACUCUACAGAAGAGUUCCACGAAGCGUACGAGGAGGAAACGCAGAUUAAGGAGGCCGAUGCUUCACAUCAAGAACAGGCGCAUGCAAAUGUUGGCGGAAAGAACACCUUGGCCGACAACAGGGAUCAGGAUAUUUUCUACGACUGUGAUGCGAUGAUGGACCUCUCCGAUUUGACCGAUGACGAUAGUCCUGACUACGACCCCUUACUUACUGUUCCCUACGAGGAAUCCUUUGAAGACGAUGAUUCUACACUCUCCCUUCCUGACGACCCCAAUUUUACUGAUUCCGGCUGGGCGAUCGAGUGCUUACAAGAACUAGAGGAUAUUGAUUUCGAAUUCGUUUACGCGCUUCACACGUUUGUAGCUACGGUCGAGGGUCAGGCAAAUGCAACCAAGGGUGACACCAUGGUUCUGCUUGACGAUAGCAACAGCUAUUGGUGGCUGGUCCGAGUUGUUAAAGACAGCAGUAUUGGGUACUUACCUGCAGAGCAUAUUGAGACUCCAACAGAACGACUGGCCCGUCUAAAUAAGCACAGGAACGUUGACCUAUCUGCCACUAUGCUGGGCGAUACUGCUGAGAAGAAAGCACAAACUUUCAAGUCACCUAUUAGAUUCGGGCGGAAAACAGUCACCUUUACGUCGCCAACCUAUCAUGAUUACACUGAGGUCGACGACUAUUCCAGCGACGAAGAAGACUUGGAUGACUUGUUCGCCAAUUCAACCACUGCUGCGAAACAGGAUCAGCAAGAAAGGAAGAAGGAUACCCGAGAGGCAGCAGCAACAAUAUCAAUUAUCGAAGAUGAUUCAUCAGAGGAGAGUGCCCGGGUCGAGCCUCUCAAGCCUCGUUCGACCAAGGAAGUCAAAAUGUCCAUGGAGCCGUCCAAGGUUGAAACUGUGGAAGAAGAGGAUGAGAGCCGGGACAGCGAGGAACUACUCUUUGAUAACAAAGCAGAAGGCCCGAGCCGAUCCCGGAAUGGUACUGUCAGGAAUACCGAUUCUUUCUUUAGAGAUGAGACUGUCGAGACCAAAAAGAUUACCCUCACGCCUAACUUGCUACGAGACGACAAUCAACCUCGGCCCUCCCAAGAUUCAACCAAAGACGUCAAAUCUAGGGGAAGUAUGGACAAGUUGGACAAGGAGCUCAUGUCUGAUAAAGAAAAGAAGAAGCAUCAAGACAAGGUCCGGAAAGAGAAGGAGAAGAAGCCCAGCGCCAUCCGAAGCUUCUUUUCAAGGAAAGACAGGAAGAAGUCGGUUGACGACGACGACGAAUCUUUUGGAAAGCGUUCUAUGGAUAUUGUAUCGGAACCCCGGGAUAGCGAGUCGAUCGAGGAGAUUGCAUCACCACAACGAAGUGCCAGCAAACUUCAGAAACCAAUGGCCCGAACCGAAACAUCUCCCGGCAAAGGUGGACAGGGUGAAACCUCAUCGGCAAUGGAAUUGGCAGCUUACUUUGCUGAGUCUCGGGUCAAUGAUGUGUCAAACGUGCCACCAGCAUCGAUGCGCAUUGUCAAUCCUGAGACACAAGAGACACACGAGGUACCAUCGAACUCGCAAAGUGGUGGGGACCCUAAUAGGGCGCGGGCUUCCUCGGCCACCGCCCAGCACGAUGACACGAAGGCGCUGGCCAGGGCACUGGGCCGAAGUUCCAGUACAGGAGACGAGCCUAGGACAGCAAAGAGUGCCAAACCUCGUCAAUUGAUGGACCUUGACGAACUUUCAAGUUCGGAUGAGGAUACCACGUCUCAACCAGCUUCUCGAGCGAUACCAGAGCAAACAAGCGAGAAGAAGACUGAAGGCGGAUUACGACCACAACUUCCAGGAGCGUUCCCCGACAGCUUUGAUGCAAGUGGAAAACCGAAUGGAUCCACGGUGGUUGGCAGAGAGCAGCGUGAUCGUCUAUCAGAAUCGCCUGUACAGGUAUCGCCUGUCAAUACAACACGGCCACCCGCACUAGAGAUUGACACGUCCUCUCAAGAAGGUCGGUCGUCGUCCGAAGUUCCAUCACCGGAGCUUAUGCCCGGCGAUGAGACACCCAAGGAUAGCAGCUCAACGAGGAGCGCAAAGGAACCUGGUUGGGAUGACGAGAAGCUGCGCGCAUUCUUCGAUGACGGCGAGCACGUCCGAGAUCUUCUCAUGGUUGUGUACGACAAGACAGACGUGGAGCCAGUGGGCAAGGACCACCCAGUGGUCAGUGGGAUGUUUAGGGAACAGAACGCAAAGCUGGCGGAGAUUACGACUCAACUUGACAAUAUGCUCGGAGACUGGUUGGCUAGAAAGCAACGGCUUCGCGGAACACUAUAA